AUGAUUGUGAAUAUCGAUGAAGAUAUCCCAAUUGGUAGUACAUUACCAAUACAUCUCAUAGCAAAUGAUAUAGAUGAAGGAGAAUUUGGUCAUGUAACUUAUCGAUUUGCUUUAUCCGCUCCAGAUGUAGCAAGAAGAGAUUUUAAAAUUGAUCGUGAAACUGGUACAAUUCUCGUUCGAUCACCAUUAGAUUAUGAUACUGGUGGAUUAACACAAUAUCUAUUUAAUAUAGUUGCUGAAGAUGGUGGUCUACCACCAUUAACAGCAACAACACGUAUUAUUAUUAAUAUACAAGAUAAAAAUGAUAAUUCACCACAAAUUACAAUUACACCAGCAUUUUUACAAGAAGAUAAUUAUAAAUCAUUCAUAUAUCAACAAAAUACAACUAAAUUUACAAAUAUGGAUAUGAUGAAAUCAACAUUGUAUCUCAUGGAAAAUAAGUUACCUGGAGCAUUGAUUGCAACGAUUACAGUUUCUGAUCAAGAUUCUAAUGAAAAUGGUCAAUUCACAUGUCAAUUAGAUCAUACAGAUGAAUUAAAUUUAAUUUAUUUAAGAAAUUUAGGUAAAAUUAGUGUAUAUCAAUUAUGUUCAUUACGUUCAAUUGAUCGUGAAAUACAACCAGAAUUACGUGUUACAUUAAAAUGUGAAGAUAAUGGUAUUCAUAAUAAACAAAAAACAAUUGAAUUAUUAACUAUACAUAUAUUGGAUAUAAAUGAUAAUUCACCAAUGUAUACAAAUAAACGUUAUAGUUAUCAAGUAUCUGAAACCAAUGAUAUUGGAUUAUUAAUUGGAGAAGUUACAGCACUGGAUCCUGAUCUUGGAUUAAAUGGUGAACUGAAUUAUUCUAUUCACUGGCCUCCAGGUCAAGGACCGAAUCCUUUUGAAGUUAAUGAAAAAGGUGAACUGAUAACUCGUAUGCCACUGGAUAGAGAAAAUCAACCCGAAGGUUAUCAUUUUAUUGUAAAUGCAUAUGAUAAUGGUGAACCACGAUUAUCUGGAUCAACACAUGUAGAAAUUGCUUUAAUUGAUAUUAAUGAUUGUCAUCCAAUAUUUACACAAGUCAAUUAUCAUUUUUCAUUAGAUGAAGAAUUAGAAAUGAAUUAUACAAUAGAAUCAUAUGUAAUUGGUCAAGUGAAAGCAACUGAUUGUGAUAUUGGUUUGAAUGCUCAAUUAAUCUAUUCACUUGAUACUACUAUAGAUUAUAAAAUGGAUCAUCCAUUUCAAGUAACAAAAGAUGGUUAUGUAAAAACAACAAAAAGUAUUGAUCGAGAAACACAUCCAGCCUUUUUACUUCAAGUUCUAGCUACUGACAAUCCACAAACACCGGAAAAGCAACUUACAGCUACAGCACAAGUUCAUAUAACCAUCUUAGAUAUUAAUGAUAAUGAACCAAUAUUUCAAAGACCACCGUUUGAUAAUGGGACUAAUGAGGUGGAAAUAUCAUAUAAUGAUGUCCCAGGUCAUUUAAUAGAAAAAGUUGAAGCAAUCGAUAAAGAUAUUGGUGCAAAUGGAAAAAUUACAUUUUCAUUCAAUCAUAAACAAUCUAUCAAUUCAAUGUUUAUGAUAAGAGAAAAUACUGGAGAAAUAUUUUUACAAAAAGAAUUAUCCAUUAAAGAUAUAGGAACUAUACCACUGAUUAUAUUGGCUACAGAUAUGGGAUUAAUACCUAAAACAACAACAACAACAAUUUAUAUAAAAAUUUCUGAUAAACCAACCAAUAUAUUCCGUUUGAGUACAAUAAAUCAAUAUGAUUCAUCUAAUGAACAAUUAUCUACAACAUUCUUAACAUAUUUUAACAUGGAUACAAAUAAAUUUAUCAUUGUUUGUAUUAUAUUAAUUACUUUUAUUAUAUGUACAGUAUUAAUCUCUGUUAUAUUUACUAUAUCACGUAAUAAUAAUAAUAACUGUAAUGUAUUUAAUCAUAAAGCUACGGUUACAACUAAACCAAUCACUGCAUAUAAUGAGAAUACACAUAGUUAUCAUACUAAUUUAGUAGAAAAAUCUCCACCAGAUAUAAUUAAUGUUACAUUGCCUAGUAAAUCAAUCAAUUAUCCCUUUGAUUGUAUAGAUGUUGUGAAUACAUUUGAACAAAAUAAUAAUAAUAAUAAUAAUUAUUUACCAACAUUUUAUGAACAAACAACAUCUAUGACACUACCAUAUACAUUUCAUGAAACAGAUUUAAGAUUUUAUGAUCAAUUAAUGCCAACUAAUGAAGAAUUAUUAAAUGGCUUUCAACCAACAGAAAAUAAUAUACAAAUUCAAACAUCACUUAAUCAUUUUAUUGGAAAUGAACAAACUGAACCAUUAAUUCAUAAUCAUAUAAAAUCAUUGAAUGAACCAUCAUAUACUACUAAUAAAUUGAUUACUAAUUAUUAUCCAACUUAUAAAUUGAAUGAUACAUUAUCAAAUUAUAAAAGUACUAAUCCAAUAGAACAUUCUAGAUAUUGUGAUACAAUAAGUAAUUUACCUAUUUCUUUUAUAAAUAAUAAUGAUUCUAUUCAUAAUAUGAACAAUAAUAAUAAUUUCCCUUCAAUUCUUCAUUCCAAAGAUGAUUCAUUACAAUAUCCUUUCACAUCCAAUCAAUUCACUUAUGAUCGAAUUGUACGAUUUGAUUAUCUUAAUCUUUAUCGUUCAUUCUUAUUAUUUCAAAGUGAUUCAUCUAAAGUCGGUAAAUUGCGUGAAAUUUGA